GCUCCAGGGCGGAGGGCGUAGUCACUCAUGCUCGUCGUAACGGCGCAGUUAGACAGUCCAAAGUCUCAGGACCGCUGUGUGUGUCUCGAUCAUGUCUUCAACCGUGUCCACGACCGUGGGGGACAUGGUGGUCGUCACCCACGUCCUCCCUGCUAACGCUACCACUGCUGACAACACACAACAGUUAGUGGGCGUCCGGAAGUUCAUCGCGUGCCGACCACAGGCGCUGGGGACAGUUCAGAUCCUCAUCGGCGUCAUGAUUCUCCUGUUUGGGCUCGCGAUGACGCCUCUUGCAGAUGCGAUUGGAGUUAUCACCGGCAUCUUCGUCUGGGGAGCUGCGUUUUACAUCACAGCUGGAUCUCUGACAGUGGCUGCUGCCAGACGACCGAGCCGCUGCCUGGUGAACUGUGCGAUGGCGUUCAGUAUCGUCGCAGUGGUCACUGCCGUCGGAGCCAUCGCCAUCUACUCUGUGGACGCUGCAGGGAUUACAUACUUCUGCUUGUACGACAGUGACUCCUGGUACAGCUGCGCCCUUUACGAGAGUCGGAUGCAGGGCGUGUCAGGAGUCCUGAUUGUCUUCAAUGUGUUGCAGCUGGUCAUCUCAGCCGUCGUCAUUGGUUACGCCUGCAAUGCCACGUGUAACUGCGGUGGAGAGAUACCAUCACACUAUUUGGUGCCUGGACAAACUGCUGCUCCCAACGCUGAAGAGAACUUCAAAGGAGAGGCGAGCGCCAUGAUUCUUCCUCGUCCUCCAGCGUACAACUGAAGACGGUGCCUUGGCGUCACCACGAGCACCAGCCUGGUUUUCAUGUUACCAUGUCCUUAAAAAUCCAAAUACUGUUCCAUGUUUAUUAAGAAAUUCCAAAUGUCUCACACACACACACACAUAUAUAUAUAUCAGUAAUAAGCCUGUAAUGAUAUGCUAUCAAAAGUGAAAUCGUGAAACUAACCCACGAACCUGUGUUGCGGUGGGAAAACACAGACACGCCCCUUCAAACCACAGUUUGUGCUUCCAAUCCAGAUGCAGCUCUAUGAGCGGUCAGUGCGACCAAACCUUCUUACAUUACUAUUUAGUUCAUAUUGAAAGAAUCAAACGUAAACUUCUGUACGUUGAAGACACAUGUUCUCCUCCUCCGUCUGCGUGUCACGUGACUACGUUUGUUUCGUUAUUUUGUGGUUUAUGGCACAGACAGAAGCGUGAAUCAUCUCCACAAUGGAGUUGAGUUCUGCCCUCCCCAAUGACAUUGUGACUUUGGUGUAUCGUUACAUAUAUAUAUACACAUAUAUGUAUGUGUGUGUGUCUUAUUUACUCAACAUGUUAGUAUAAAACUGUCCUCACUGGUAUCAUAAUCCAUCUUUGAUCAUGUACUAUUUUCUUUGAGUGUUUUCUUUCUGUUAGAAAGUGUUUUGUGUGAGUUUAGAUUCUUAAAUGUGAACGCGUUUCUUUGUUUUUCUACGACAAUAAACUGAAUAUCAUCACAAAACAAUGA